AUGUCCUUGUUAAUCUGCUCAUUCUUGCAGGAGGAUGUGUGCCUCAUGCUCCCUCGCCCUUCCUCUGGCUUAUCUCACUCUCAUACUUCCUUCUCGUUUGUUGUUGUCUCUUUCUUCCCCUUCUCAUCUUUCAUCUGCUCAUUCUUGCAGGAGGAUGUGUGCCUCAUGCUCCCUCGCCCUUCCUCCUCCUCCCCUUCCUCCCAUUCCUCCUCCUCCCCCACUUCCUCUUCCUCUCCCUCCACCUCUUCCUCUUCCUCCACUCCUCCCCUCUGCCUAGUCUCCGGUGCUGUUCUCUUCCCAAACGGCUGGAUUCUGCCCGAAAAACUCGGGCUGCCCACAGCUCACAUUCACACGCCUGUGCCUCUAUACGAGUCGACAAUUUCUAGGGCAGUUGACAAAUUUCUGAACAACCUGGAGCCGGGAAGCCCGUUUGCUCGCUCCAAUUGGACGAUAACCGACGACCCGCGGCUGUUCCGGCCGAUUUCAGAGGCGUCUUAUGCCUCGAUGGUGCAGGCCAAAGCAGGGCUGUCAGAACAGAGGCUUCAAAAAGAGCAGCAGCAGCAGCAGCAGCAGCAGCAAGAAGGGGAAAAGGUACUGAUCACCCUUCCCCACCCUUCCCCACCCUUCCCCCUGCCUUUCACACAUAUAAACAUAUUCCUCUUCCAUGCCCCCACCUUCACUCCGACCGGGGCGGUACUGUUCACCAUCCGCACACACAUGAAGCCGCUGCGCGUGUUCUCCGGGCGGUGCCAGCUGGCUGCUGACGUGGCACGGGCCAUGGAUGCACUGCCAGGCGAGAUUCGGCGGUACAAGAUGAUUGGAGGGCGGCUUGCUGACGUGGCACGGGAGUAUCUGAUCCGAUGCUCGGAAGGGCUUGCGUAG